UUGCCUUGUUCUCGCGAGACGUGACAGCAGCGCCCCCUCCUUGUUCUAAUGCGGAGAGGAAGAGAGGGGAGAAGCCUUUUCAAAUACACAUUUCAAUAUCGCUAUUGAAUUUAUAUCUAUAUAUUUUUCUCCAAAGGAAUGACUUGUGCAUUUACGUCGUGGAUACUGGAUUUGUCUAAUUAUUAGACGUAUUGCAUCCCACUCCAGAAAAACGCCGGGAUAAAUCCUUAAAGAAGACAAGCGGCCUAUUUUUGUUCCUGACAUCCUGGAGGCGCAGUUCACUGUCGGCCGGUGUAAUUCACAUCAAACGGACAUUAAACUCGCGGCUCCUUUGUUUACGCGCGACCCGCAAAACAAUUCACAAGCAUGCGCGGUGAAUUACCGCCGCAUUGACGCCGGAUUUUUUGCAUGCACUGGAAAGACUUGAUACACAAAGCGGCCUGUUUUCCUUUUUUUGCGCCAUGAAAAGCGGCGGACAAUAACAGAGAGACGGCGCACGAGUCCAGAUCCACACACGGUGCCCGCUAACAGCGAUCACGAAGAUAAUAAGCAAAUCUCCGGAACAGCAUUGCAAACAAGGACCGCAUUCAUCCAGAAUGAGGCCGAGAGAGUAAUCUGUGCGCUGUAUAUGAAUUUACUGGGGUGAAGAGCGCCACCAACGUGUUGUUGUUGAAUUUUAUAUCGAAACUAUAACUGUAUCACCGACCUCAGACGGGAUUUUAAUGGAGUAUCGAUGAUCAUAUAUUGCAAAUGCGUCGUUGCAUUUGAAUCACAUCAGCGUGGACGAUCGUGUGUCCGGCGACGAUGAUUCGCGCGUAUUUCUUGCCGUGGAAGAGGGGAAAGCGUUGAGAUGGAGCGGCAUUCAUGAAUGCGAUGUGCAAAGACCAAUUUUCCGUGCUUGUGCACCGAUAUCCGGUGAAAUAUUUAUCGCAUGCAUAAAGCAUUCCUUGCAUUCACAGUCGACGGAUCCCAUUUACAUUGAUGUUACGUGGGCUGCUGGCGGGACUGAAGCCUCACGGUCGCUCCUUUUCUUUUUCCUCCCCGAACUGGAUCUGUCUAGCGCGACACUGCUGAGAUGAACCCGGUGAAUGCGACCACUCUCUACGUGUCAGCUUGUCGGUCGGUGCUGCAGUGCGAUCCCCGGGACCCCCAGGCUUUGGAGGAAAUCUAUAAGCUCUUGCCUUUUUUCAGACAGUCUCUCGCCUGCCUUGUUUGUGGUAAUUUACUCCAAGAUCCAAUAGCUCCAAGCAACUCGACGUGCCAGCACUAUGUCUGUAAAUCAUGUAAGGGCAAAAAGAUGAUAAUGAAGCCAUCGUGUAGCUGGUGUAAAGACUAUGAACAGUUUGAAGAGAACAAGCAGCUGUGCAUCUUGGUGGACUGCUACAAAAAGCUCUGCGAGUACAUUGCACACUCCCCUCUCGCCCAGCACAUUUCAAGCGCUGCGGGAGGGUCCCCAGACCUACUGGCUCUGUUGAACGAGGACCUCCAAUUGGACAACAGCGAGGGGGAGGAGUCUCUUUCUUUGAGCUUGACAAACCGGUCCCCUACACCCUCAACCUCAGAAACACUCCCUGAUGAGGGCCAAUCCCCUUCAACAGAGAUCAAGGAACAAGGCCUCAGUCCUGUAGGGGUGAACGGUCUUCAGGAUUGUAACGGUUUGACUAAUGUUGAGGAAUUAACCGCCAGUUUCCCUUCUCUAGGGUCAAACGUUCCUGAAGCUGGGGACAACGGGAGCCAAGUGGUGAAACAAGAGAGUUUCACAAAUGAGAUCCCUGUGUGUGAAGCGGUGGCAGCCGCUGAUGAGGAACUUUGUACCAGCACCAUGGACCUUUGUGGUUUCGAAGGGGAUAUGAAGCAUGAUGGUGGGACUCUCCUCUUGAGUGUAGAGGAGGUACUCAGGACUCUGGACCCAGAUGACGUCCCCCAGGAAGAAUGUUCGGCUAUCUUACAGUCGACUCUCGAAUCCUCUGAGAACUUAAAUGAACCAUUUGGCAUUUCGUGCGCCUCGGUUGACUCCCCUCAGCAGCUCACCUCACUACCAGGCGACUCGCAGGAAGUUCUAGUUCCCCACCACCCAACGUUCCACAAAAAUCCUCAAUCUUUGGGAAUUUCCUUUUCAGCUGUGACACCAGGAGUGCCACGGUCCAACCGCAAGCGGUCGCGGUCGGAGAGCGACAGCGAAAAGAUUCAACCCUUACCCAUUUCCACCUUUAUUCGGGGCCCUGCGCUGGACGCCUCAGCCCCGGUUGCUGUCAAGUGUGAACCCACAUCUCCCACUCAGACUAUUCCUCACAUGGCAGCGGUGCCCAACGGUGAAGGCCUUCCUAAAGUGGGAAAAACAUUACUGGCGUCCACAAAAAAUGUUAAAAAGAACCUCGACCACCACGGACCCAAAAAGGCAUGCACUAAGUCUAAGCAGGGAACUCCCAAGGUGAAAGAAAAGAUGAAAGAACGGAUUGUGACUAACACCCUUAUUCCGGGGAGCCCUACGAAAGUGGUUUAUAAAAAGGCGCAGGAGAAAAAAGGUUGCAAGUGUGGCAGAGCAACCCAAAACCCAAGUGUUCUUACGUGCCGGGGCCAACGGUGUCCCUGUUACUCCAACCGCAAAGCUUGUCUGGACUGCAUAUGCAGGGGCUGCCAAAACUCUUACAUGGCCAAUGGUGAGAAGAAGCUAGAGGCCUUUGCGGUUCCAGAGAAAGCCUUCGAGCAGACAAGACUCACCCUGGGCAUCAACGUCACCAGCAUCGCCGUACGAAACGCCACUGGCAGUGGUACGGGUGGGAUGCUCAACGUCUCCACGACGGCCGGUUCACCUGUUGCCUCCUUUUUGGCUACGGGGCCCCACGAAGACAAAGGAUUUGAUGAACCGUUGGACAUGGGGUUCGACUGAGCACCAGAAGUUAUUGCUCAACCAUCACCCUGUAUUCCAAACCAACUUGCUUUCAGCGUGAAGGCAAUGUGUACUGAGGGGUUGGUGCCAGCGGAGUUUGUGAUAAGGCAGCUAUUGUGAUUCUGUUCCAGUUCACAUCAAUUAUACUAGCUAUUGCUGAAGCUUGUGUCUUUAUAUCACUUGUACUGUUUUUUGUUGUUUUUCUUGCACACCAUUAGGAAGAGUGAGGGGUUUCCUUUUUGGUAAAAGUUUUUCUAUUUUGUAGUACAAGUGAUUUGCAAGGCACGAUCUUUGGCAAGAUAUACCUGACCUCAUUGUUGCGGGUCACACUAUGUGCAUAUGUGGAAGCUUUUCAAUUUGUAGGUUUGGGGAAGAUACCUGGUUAAUGAAACGGUACCCUACAGCAUCAGUAGAGACUGGUUGUAUUUAUAAACAUUUUUUGUACACAGACUUACCGAAUUCAAUUUCAAAGUACAUUUUAUGAUAUAUUUUGUAAGUUACAUUAACAGCAUUUGCAGUAUUUAUUGGGUAUCACUUAACAUAGAUUGUGGUCCACCCAGGGCAUCGCCUGUAUACUAUUUCUACAGAGGCAAGUCACGGAGAUGCAGUAUGUACGGUUUUCUGUCUAAGUUAUGUUGUCGUCCUGAUUGUGCUAGUUUUUGCUGUCUGAAACUGUUAUUUUUUUCUGUUGAGGGCAUUUAAAUACCUGUAAUAUAAGUGUAACAUAUUUCCACAAAAAAGAAAAAUCCUAA